AUGGAAACUGAGAGUUUCACAUUUGGUCCAUACAAAAUCGACCCCAGAGGAGUGUUCUACUCUACUCAAUUCUCGUACGCGAUGGUCAAUUUGCGCCCUCUCGUGCUUGUCUGCCCAAGACGUGUUGUUAAGCGUUUCAUUGAUCUAACUGCUGAUGAGACGAGUGACCUAUGGCUCACGGCACAUAAGAUUGGGCCCCAGCUUGAGUCCUACCAUAAGGCAUCUUCACUGACACUCAAUAUCCAAGACGGGCCUCAGGCUGGACAGACCGUUCCUCAUGUCCACAUCCACAGAAUUCCACGGAAAGUUGGUGAUUUUGAGAAGAACGAUGAGAUCUAUGAUGCUAUUGAUGCGAAGGAGAAGGCGCUGAAAGAGAAGUUUGAUCUCGACAAGGAAAGGAAGGACAGAAGCUUGGAAGAGAUGGCCGAAGAGGCGGAUCAAUACAGAAAACUAUUCAUAUAGGAACCGCUUGAUAUCCUCUUCAGGUGAGGAAACCAUCAUUACCUGCCUGUAUUGUUCUGUAGCCGGUUUGGCUGACCUAACCUUGUGUCGAACAUUUUCAUAUCGACUUGUUACUAAUAAAGUAAUAAACCUAAGAUUUAAGCAAUC